AUGCUUGCACUCAGUCUCGUCCCCCUGUUUUGCCUCGCCGCAUUGACCUCGGCCUCCUCAGCGGCGUCCGACUACCAUGAGAGCCUCCUCCUCCAGCCACUUCCGCAGUCGUCACUGUUAGCUUCGUUCAAUUUCCAGAGCAAUGCAUCCCAGGAAGCGUUUGACCAGCGGAAUUUUCGAUACUUCCCUCGCGCAUUAGGCCAGAUCUUACAGCAUGCCCAUACUAAAGAGUUACACCUCCGAUUUACUACUGGGCGAUGGGACGACGAGAGUUGGGGUUCACGACCCUGGAAUGGAACAAGGGAAGGUGCUACAGGCGUGGAGCUAUGGGCGUGGAUAGACGCCCCGAAUGAUGAAGAGGCGUUUGCCAAGUGGAUCACCUUAACACAGUCGCUUUCGGGUCUUUUCUGUGCAUCACUGAACUUCAUUGACUCGACUCGGACUACUCGACCGGUUGCAUCGUUCCAACCCACCGGGGACCACUCUUCUGGUAACCUUCAUCUCCUCCAUGGCACGCUUCCUGGCGAAGUUGUGUGCACGGAGAACCUCACUCCGUUCUUGAAGCUGCUCCCGUGCAAGGGCAAAGCUGGUGUGUCGAGCUUGUUCGACGGUCAUAAGUUGUUUGAUGCGUCGUGGCAGAGCAUGUCUGUCGACGUGCGGCCAAUCUGUCCCCAUGCAGACGAAUGUCUCGUGCAAAUCGACCAGACAGUGGAUAUUGUGUUGGAUAUCGACCGAUCUAAACGACCAAGAGACAGCUUAGAUAACCCAAUCCCCAGACCGGUUCCAGCUGAUCAGCUUGUGUGUGACAAAUCCAAGCCUUACCAUUCAGAUGAUACUUGCUAUCCUCUGGAGAACUCUUCUGGGGAGGGGUGGAGCCUGUCUGAGGUCUUCGGACGUAGCGUCAGUGGUGCUUGUGCCCUCGACGAACGCUUGGGCGCUGGCGAAGAGACUGUUUGCCUUCGUGUUCCUCAUGAACGCGAGGUAUCUGCAUCUCCUGACGCGGUUGAGGUCAAGAAGCCAGAUGGCUUUACACGUUGCUAUACCUUGCAACCGACUUCUCCGUUUGAUCUAGUCCUCCCGGAACAGGAAGUGACCACACACGUACCUCUGAAUGAGCCUAUCCUGCGUGCCGAGCGAACCAUUGUUGGCCAUGGCCAAGAACGGGGUGGCAUGCGCAUCAUCUUCGAGAACCCGUCUGACAGUAACCCCGCGGAUUUCAUCUAUUUCGAGAGUCUCCCGUGGUUCUUGCGUCCUUUCGUCCACACUCUCCAGGCGACGAUCACAGGAAAGGAUGGCGUCCACCAGCAGGUUCCCGCUUCCCAAUUCAUAAAGGAGACAUACUAUCGACCUGCGGUGGACCGAGAACGUGGUACUCAACUGGAACUCGCACUGUCGAUCCCCGCCGCCUCGACGGUAACCCUUACAUAUGAUUUUGAAAAGGCCGUCCUGCGCUACACAGAAUACCCGCCUGACGCAAACCGUGGGUUUAAUGUUGCCCCGGCCGUGAUCAAGAUACGCGGUGAUGAUCAGGACACUCCUAUCUACAUCCGAACGACCAGCCUUCUUCUUCCGUUACCCACCCCAGAUUUCAGUAUGCCGUACAAUGUGAUCAUCCUCACGAGUACAGUGAUCGCGCUUGCGUUUGGGAGCAUCUUCAAUCUGCUGGUCCGGCGCUUUGUCACUAUUGAGGAGGCAGAGGCAGUUGCGGCGCAGACGCUUAAAGGUCGCGUACUGGGUAAAAUUGUGGCCUUCCGGGAUCGGAUCAAGGGGAAGAGAUCCAAGACGGAGUAG